GAUUCGACCGCGAUGUUUGCGUCCACGGCGUCGAAACCUGUCUUCACACUCUGUGCCUUCUUCCUACUCCUUUCCGCUCAGGUUGCACAGGCAGCAAACUCCUUUGCUGGGUCCAGCCUGUAUUAUGCGGCCGGCCUAAACGAGGACGACAGAACGACCCUACUAAAAGGGCUGCAAGGCGCUGGUCUGAAGGUGCUGCGUGUGUGGAUUGGCGGCCAAUCCGGCAGCCAAAAGGGAACCAAACUUAACGCCUUCAACGACCUCGAGCCCAACACUCCUUGCAACGGAACUGCCUCUUGCUACGAUGACACGGUGCUCGAACGUCUUGACGAUUUCAUGGUGGCGGCCAACUCCUACGGAGUCAAGCUUCUGAUCUCCAUGCAUAGUUUUAAUGCUCUGCAGGGUAACGACCCUUACGGAAAGAAGUACGGCAAAGAAAAUUUCUACUCGGACGCCGAGGCGCAGACCGUCUUCGACGCUCGUCUCGAGCAUAUCCUGAACCAUAACCACACUUCGCUCAACAAGCCCUGGAAGGAGUUAAAGGACUACAUCUUUGGAUUUGAAGCUGAGAACGAAGCCAUGAUUGGAGAUGGUGAAUCCUUCGUCCAGGCUCACCAGCAAUGGCAGUGCGACCGUGCCGGGACGAUCAAGGGUCAGCUCGGCAACGACAGCGGGAUUCUUGUUAUGACUGGCGGAGAGUCGUGGCUGUCCGAGUCUGUCCAGCCUGGAUUUUUGACCUGCGAUGCAUUGGACGUCAUCUCGAUCCAUACCUACCGUACCGAAGAUCUCUCCACGGACGUCUUGAAGCCGUACGUUUCGCAAGCACAGGCCGCUGGCAAGAUGCUGAUCCUAGAAGAAUGGGGUGCAUGCUACUUUGACACUUCGAACAACGAUUGCCCAACGGGAAAUGCCCUGCCUGCGGACACGCGCAGCGGCAACAUCAUCAACUGGGCCGAGCAAAUCGACAACGCGGGGCUUCCUUGGCUGUACUGGCAGGUUCUCCCGAACGCUGACCCUCACGGUGACUUCGACUACGAGAUCGGUCUUGAUGGCAGUGACCCGGCGGCUUGGAGCGCCCUUCAGCAGGCCGCGAAAUCGGCCGCAAACGCUACAGCGGCGUUCGACUUCUCGGCUUACUUGCUGUGAGGCGUUCAAGUGUCGACGAAAGGCGGGUUGCUGCGUAUAUUUCUCAGCGGUGCAGCACGCAAUGUGGUGACUACACUAGUCCCUGACUCCCCCACACUCGUUUCCCUCGUAUUUCUCCGACUACCGACACCGCUCACUCUCGUUGCCCUCGUAUUUCUCUGGCUAUCGACAUCGCUUGUUCGUCGAAAAUUACAGCAAUGCAUUCUAAUAUAGAGGUUCUCCCUAU